AUGAGGAAAAAAUAUUGUAACAUUGAAGCACAAUUUACACGUUUACAAGUGGCUUAAUUAAUCAUGGUAUAUCAUGAGAAAUUCAAUAUUCUUCUCAAAACGAUACAUGCAGGCAAAUAUCACAGAAAAGGUAUAGUAUCAGUUUUUAAUAGCCAUCAAUUCGGUUACAACAUUCAUUAGCUGA